AAAAACGAAUUUGAAAAUUUAACAAAAGGCGCCAUAAUUUCCUAUCUAGAUCCGAAAAUGGCAAGAAACCGGACCAUUGUUUUUCUUCAAGCAGCUGCUGUUUUCACACUUCCAAAAAUCAGUUCUAAAGUUGCUCGUUCUCUUAUUUCUUUGAUAAUAGGCAGAUGUCUAAGCAGGUCUUGGAUUCUGUAGACUCACGGUCGAAUCCUUCUGAGCCUCCAAAUAUUGGAAUUUGGUUCUCAAGUUAUACAUAUGAAUCGCCUGUUUUGAGUGGCAUUGAUGAGAAUGUAGCUUCACAAGGAGAUAUCCAAAGUCCAAUUAAGGUUUGGAGAGCUUCAGAUAAUAUCCCAUUUUCUUCCGUGCUAUCAGAGCCUUUAGAUACCAAGGACUGUUUCUCAAGUUUUGUGCCUGAAACUCCUGGAUUGGCUGAUAGUGAUGAUUUUAGAGUCCCUGAAUCAAUUGACAUCAGUUUCAAAGAGGAUACUAGCACCAAAGGAUGCAAAGAAGACAGCAUCAGCAAGGAGGAAGAUAAUUCUGCUGAAAAUCGAACAAAUGGGAAAUAUGUUAGUUUGUCUUCUGGUGUUGAUGUGGCUUCGAAGGGCCUUGUUCAGUGUACAAACUAUGUUGCAGAUAACAAAAGGGAUGUGGACUCUUCAAAUGACAUGUCACUUGCUUCAGAGCCUCCAGACAUCGGGAACUGGUUCUCUAGCUAUGUUUAUGAAUCUCCAAAAGUGGAUACUAUUCAAGAAUUCAUACUUCCAGAUCAUGAGAAAGAAUUUGAUGACAAAGUGUAUAUGAAUGGGGAUAAUGGCUGUGGGGAACCUCAGAACUUAAGGAAUUCAUUAGGAAGUGGUUUUAUCCAUGAUGACAAGUAUGAGCAUCUACCUGUCUCAAAGAAUCAGGACGCUGAUGGGACAAACAACACAAGAGUAACCAAAGAAAUGUCUCGCGAAAGAAUUUCUCAACAGACUCUAUGUCACAAGAAAACGCAGAAUAGCAAAUGUGGUUCACCAAGAUACAUUGACAUGGUAAUCAAAGACAGUAAAACAGCUGGAGAACAUUUGGAGACCAUCUCCCCUCAAGAAGCUAACUGCAAAGUGUCCUGUAUCAUUAAUCAUUCAAGCUGUGAAGGUGAAAAAUUAUAUAAACAUCCAAUUCACAGGACGGAUUCUGAAGAGAAUAGCCCGAAAUCUGAAGAUUGUGUUGAACCUGCUUACAAUGUGCAGCCUAAAAAUAGUCCUGUGGCGAGGGUGUUAAGUCAGAAGUUAUCCAAAAGGGAAGCUGGGGAAAUCACGGACAAAGAAAAUAAUAUAAAUGGCUUAGGAGAGAAUGGUUUUAGAUCAACCAGAAAGAACAGAAAUAGCCAAUUGCACAAUGGAAGUCCUUUGCCAAGGCCUUCUGCAGUUCAGUCUCCUUCUCUAAGUGGGAUCACUGUUGCAUCAAACUGCCACAAGCAUGUUUUGACAAGAAAGGUUCUCACAGAAACAACCAACUUGCAUCCUAGUGCUUUGGAAACAACAGGAAAAUGGCGUUGCCCCCAGAGGACUAAGCCAGAUCUUGGUCCUCCUUUAAAGCAGCUUCGAUUGGAACAGUGGGUUCGUCGAGCUUAAGUCUAGUAUCUACUUAUGAAGAGAAAUAUGGUUAUCAAGAAUGGCAGACUUCAAAAAUGUUUUUGCAUGUUAGCUAGCGAAAGAUGUGAGUGCAAGACUUGGCCCAAUGAUAGAGUUGGUCUUUCGGGGGGUUUGAAAUGUGGAAACAGUUUCUUUGCAGAAGUCUAAGGGCAAAGUUGCAUACAAUGUACACUCUCCCCUUACCCCUAAGGCCUAAACUAGGCAGGUAACACUUGCACAUAGUAAGGGCCGUAAGGCCUUAGUUAAAAUGUAAAAUUCAAGAGUUCACAUAAGGUCUCUGGACUAAUGUUUUGGCAUUUCUGGAUCUAUAAGAAGCAAUGAGAUAAAUUAUC